AACAAUCGUGAUUUAUUAAAAAUAACUAAGUCGUUGAAGUAUGUUUUUUGGCACAAGUACACUAAGUCCCAUUCCCCCAGAAGCGUUCCAAAUCGUAUCGUCAGUGAAACUACCGUAUUGACUACGUCAGUAUUAGGAACGAGGGAAUCCCUUACCGCUUAAAUCAUAUACAAAUACAAGCCGCAGCUUUAAUUUUUGUCAAUACACAUCGCGAUUUUCUACCAGACAGUUCACGAAUUGUUUAUUCUUAAUUUAAACAAUUUAUUGGUUAUUUUGUUUGUUUCUUUUGGACUUUUUGGUGACUAGAAAUAUACACGAUAUUCAUUUGUUUCGAACGUAGUGUUUUUUUUUAAUUUAGCAAAAUGUUGAAGAUAUUAUUAGUGGUUGGAGUUGUUUUUAUUUACACGGCAUACGCAGCGGUAGUAACAUGCGGUCCUAAUGAGGAAUUGAAUCGUUGUCCCUCAAACUGCUCGGACGCUUGUCCAACAAGGAGUGGAGAGUUCAACAACUGCAGACGUCCGAACAGACAACAUUGCCCACCUCCGAAAUGUGUAUGUCAGUUUAACUACAGACGAGCUGAGAAUGGAACCUGCAUACCAGCGAGAGAAUGCCCUGCAUUCGAUUGUUCUAAUGAAAACGAAGAAUACGAUCCCUGUCCUGGUUACUGCCCUACAGACGACUGCAGUCAGGCAACGCCGAACGGCGAAUGCCCUUUAUUUGGAUUAUUCUUAAUUGUCGUUGAAUGUCUACCGACUUGUCGAUGCCAACCGACAUAUUGGAGGAAGGACGGUGUCUGUGUACCCUACCAACAAUGCUUAGUCAAUAAAGAUAAAUCUAUUUCACAGUAAUUUAAAAAAAAUGCAGUGUGUAAAAAUAGUAUAAUACCAUGUUUAAUUCUACUAAGUUCCAUUUGACCUAUAAGUUCCUGUUUUUUGUUCCUUCAAGUUUUUAAAUUAAAAACACAUUUUUUUUAA